AUGGGAAGACUGGCCGCCCUGAUGAUCUUCCCUAGCUCCAUCGGUCAAUCCCUCAGGAGUGCCACAGCCAAAUGCUCCUUUUACACCUCGGUGCGAGACAAAGGGGCUCCUAAAGAAGAAUCCCUCCUUGUGUCCAAAUUGGAAUCCGAUGAUCAGGAUGAUUCCAGUGGGGGAAUAUCUGUCCAGCUUUCCACACCAAGUUCUCGUGAGAAGUUCUUUCUGAGAGAGCGCUUGGGAAAACACCUGGGAGCUGAUCAUCGUCUUGGUUUUUGCCUCUCCAUUCCUCCAGGAACGAAGAACUUCUCGCUCGGCGUGUGCCUCACUUGUAUCUUCGUCAAGAGCUUCCUGUGGAGCUAUCUCCCGAACCAAAAGCCAGUGAAGAAGAGGCUCGCGCUGGCUAUCACCACCAUCGUCUACGUGAAUGCGUACAACAAUCCCCUGACUCAUCCGGUCUUCUUUCCGCUCAAGUUGACGCUCACCACCACGCUCGGCACUGUGUCUGCGAUAAUUGCCUUGAUAUUCCCCGUGCCACGCCUCUCAGCUUAUCAGGUGCAAUAUAACACGAAGCUCUUCGCCAAGCUCGCGAUGGAAAACUUUGCUGUCCUUGUCCAUGCAUUCUGCAGUAACGACCAAGAAGAGAUCACGAGUUUGUGCCUGCAAUCCAAAUCAGUGCAGCGAGCUGCUUUGAAAGCGUACUCGGAGAUACAGAGAAGAAAAGUUGAAAUAGCUUGGGAGCCUGGGGUUUUGGUUCAAGCAAGGAGUCAAGGUGAAAACGUGAGCCGAAUGAUAACCAACAUGAAUCAGUACCUGAUUGGGAUGAACAUCGCGAUUCAGCAAGGUGCAGCUGUUUCGAAGCCGGUUCAAGAUAUGACGAGGAACUCCUUGGAGAAACUCGGGAGCUGGAGCAACUCUUUUCUGUCAGACUGUACACCGGAUGAGGAAUUUCGACGGAUGUUUUUCCUGUUCACUGUCAAAAAGUUUGUCGAGGAGGAGAUCAAGAUUCUGAUGGCCGGCCAAGUUCCUGUUGCUUUGUCACAUCCUGCUUGCCACCACGGUUGCAAAGCAGCAGCAAUUUCAAGCGGAUCAGCUCUCCCAGUUCACUCAUCAAACACCACUCCAAGUAACUUAGUCGCAGCAACGAGGAGAUCAUUGAAUCUGGCAGCGAAUAAAAAAAUGGUCAUUGAGGCGUUUAAGAUCGCACUAUCAAUGGUCAUAGCUGUGUACCUGGGAGUGCUGUACAGGAAGGACUAUGGGUACUGGUCGACUAUCACAGUAGCAUUGGGCCUUUUCAACCAUCGCACCGGAACGUUCAAGAGCACCAGCCUGAGGCUCCAAGCUUCAUGA